CUGUAGCAUUCCAGAUUGCAUCACGGGAAAUUCUGAGCUCCACCAAUCAACGCUCSUUCUUCGAUGCUGCUGCAGCAUUUUCAAAAUGGCGGAAGAACUAUAUCAGAACAUUAAUUAUUAUCUUUUUGGAUUCGUUAUCUUUGGCGCUGUUCCAUUUUAGRCAUGGUUAGGCAGAAAAGAAGGAAAGAGAUAUCAAAGACGUGGGUCAGGAAGGGUAAAAGACUUAUUCGAUUGGAAGGUAAUGAAGUACAGAAUGAAGGAAAACUCUCCGACGCAGGUCUUUCGCUUCUACAUUUGCCAGAUGAAUGCCUGUUAAUGAUAUUUGAAAAGCUUAGCAAAGAGCCACAAGACAUAUGCAAAUUGAUGAUUGUUUGCAAACGAUUCUACGCUAUUUCCUUAAGUCCUCGUUUGUGGCGAGUUGCUGAUUUUCGCUUGUCUAGCUAUCUCCGKAAGUUCACAAAAAUGUGUAUCGUCUCUCGCAGAAGGAUGUUUGCCGAGUUUCUUGCUCRACGARGAGCAAGGCUGUCUCAUCUUGGACUAUACUGUGACAUCUACAGAGAACUUAACACAUUCAGCGAUUUAGUUCAGAGUUGCUGCUCAAAAGAGUUAAAAUAUGUGGAAAUAAAAUGGACUUUUUACUGGUCAGUCCUCUACCCAGAAAGAGGAGAGGCAACAUUAAGAUGUUUCAGGRAAAUCCUUGCAAAAUUGUCAGCUUGUAGCCCAAAUAUCUAUUUUCUUAAAACUCAACUUGAUGGUUCGUGCRCUACUACAAGKAUGCUUGGAAAUUUUAAAAACAUUCAACACUUAGAAUUAUAUUACCUGGACSAACUAGAGUAUACAAUGGUAGAUGAGAAUCAUCUUAGACCAAUAGAGAUCAUUUUAUUUUCUUUGCCAAAGCUCAAGAUACUCAAACUAAAAGUGCGACAGAAUUUAGAUGAUGAUUUUUCUGGCUAUGUUCUCAAGUCUAAUUCCUUAGAACACUUAGAUUACUCUUAUUCRAAGGGAUUGCGAAUCAAGGAACUGAGCUUACCAAAUUUGCACACAUUUAUUGCUGUCAGCGUUUUCAACUUUCUUCAAGGUAAAAGCAGUCCGUGUUUGUUUGAAUUGAUUGAAAAGGGAUGCCCUGGUCUUACCACAUUCAACAGUACGCAUUCAAUAGAAUCUGGYUUGCAGAACUUUGCACUAACAGAUAAUGACAAAAGAAGUACACACUUAUGCCAGUGCAGCAAUCAUUGCUAUAUUAGAAGUCAGCAGUAGGCAUACUUGUCAGGGAAAUAUUUUUACUGUCUUUUUUUACACACUUUGAUGAGGAAAAAGGAAUAUUGACUGACCUGCCUCACACUCUGCCCAGUUCCAUUUCAUCUUGCUUGGAAAAUAUAAUGAACAUUUUCAUAUUAAACAAUUGAGUAAUUGGAUCAACGCCGUUAUGUUGUGAUAGUUACCCACGGAAAGUGGAUGUGCUGAGAAAAAAAGCUCAACUACAAAGUUUUAAGGGAUAUCCCAUUAUUUCCAUAGGAAACUGUCCCAGCAUAAACUGAUAAACAACAAAAUUUUUGUGGAAAAUUUGUUAUUGAAUUAUAAAGGUUGGUAGGAACUUAACAGUUUGUCUUGUUUAUGAAGGCUAGUUUAUCAGGUAGUUUCCAGUCUUUGAAAAAUAUUUAACAAAUAAAUAAGGCUCAGCCAUGGU